AUGUCGGAUACAACUCACUCCUCGGUUGUCAAUACAACAAAACGUCUGAAUAAAUUACGUGAAUUAUUCAGCAAUUAUGAUAUUACAGCUUACAUAAUUCCUUCAGAAGACUCUCACCAGAGUGAAUAUGUUGCAGCCUGUGACGCUCGAAGGUCUUUCAUUUCUGGCUUCACGGGUUCUGCAGGAUUAGCUAUAGUAUCUAAUGAUGCUGCUGCACUUUUUACGGAUG